GAGGAGGGGAGGCUGACGCACUUCCGGGACUGCCCCUUCUUCGUGAUGCAACGUCCUGCCCCCUCCCUGGAGCUUUCUGCGCGAGACGCCGUUGCCAUGGCAGCGCUCAAGGCACCGGGCUUGGAUUUGUGGGGGAUGCCCUGAGGCGCUGGCGCGCUGCCGGCAGUUCCAAGAGCCGACCAGACCGCAAGGGCUGAGGCUGCGACGCAGGAGACUGGGGAGACGUUCUAUACCACUCGCCGGACGCUCUCCGCACACACCCCACGGCCCUGGCCCCCUUCUUUACUCCAAAGGGACUGAAGAGUGACUCCAGGCCAGCCCUGCACUGGAGACAGGAAACUAGGCAUCUGGGUGAGCCUCUGACCUGAGUCCCAGAGCCCACAGACCAGACAUCCAGCCUCACAGGCAGGUACCUUUGCAGAGGAGCCACGAGGAUGGCCCACCUGCUGGGCAGCCAGUCCUGCAUGGACAGUCUGCGUAAGGACCUUACCGACCUGCAGGGCGCCAUCGUGGAUGUGUUCUCUCGUGCCGGACCCGUGCGCUUCCCCUCCUGGAAGUUCCCUGAUCGUGUGGCCUGCGACCUGGACAUGGUGGCCCUGUUAGAGCAUUAUGACCACGUGCCAGGUGACCCCGAGUUCACGCAGCUGUCCCAUGCUGUUCUGCUGGAGCUGGUCAUCGACAGGCUCCUGCUGCUGCUUCAGAGCUGCACGAGCUACUUGGAGAACCUCAGUUCAGAGCAGACAGUGCCUGCUACCCGGGCUGUGGGGCCCUGCAUGUCUGUGGGGCUCACGGUGCGACGCUUCUGGAACAGUCUGUUGAGGCUGCGCAUGAUCUACCAGCAGGCAGCCCCCCAGAAAAGAGUAAACCAAGGGGAGAACCUCACCUCCAAGCCCACCGCCAAGGGCGAGCCAGCCAGGAGCCCUGAGCUUGUGACUGCCAAGUUCCUCAAGCCCCCCUCCCCAACGCCACGCUUGUCCCAGACCUGCCAAGAGCCGGAGAGCCUCCCCAUCAGAGUCUUCCCACAGUGUCCAGCCAGCACUGCCAAGAACAGCAGGAGUAUUCACUCCCAGACGGUGGAGACAGCCCUUGUGCCCUGUGAUGCAUGCACCAGUGUCCAAAGCAGCCUGCAGGAGGUGGGUAAGGCGGUCAUCAGCCUGUGUCAGAGCCAGAACCUGCCCUCGUCCUUAGGCCAGUUCCAGCAGCUGGUGCGGGACAGCAUGGGCCUCAGGCCGCUGCCAGCCGCCACCAUGGGCCACUGGGCAGCCGAGCAGAGCAAAGACCUGACACGCCUCACUAAGCACAUGGGGGCCCUCACUCAGCUCGUCGGGCCGCUCAGAGCCCAGCUGGAGGAGGCCGAGGGACAGAAGGAAGGACUGCAAAAGCAGGUGGGCCAGCUGGAGCAGGCACUGCAGCAGGAGCAGGGGGAGCGGCAGCGACAGGCGGACGAGGCCACACAGCAACUGGCAGAAUGGGAGUGCCACAGGCAGCAGCUGCUCACAGAAACAAGUGACCUCAAGACGAAGGUGGCCACCCUAGAGGGGGAGCUGAAGCAGCAACAGGAGGCCAUGCAGGCCUUGGAGACGAAGGCACGGCAGUUUCAGGAGGAGGCUGAGCGCAGGGCAGAGGCCGAGAGGCAGGUGCAGCAGCUGGAGGAUCAGGUGCAGCUGCUGGCCGGGCGGCUGGAUGGGGCCAGCCAGCAGAUCCGCUGGGCCAGCACCGAGCUGGACAAGGAGAAGGCCCGUGUUGACAGCAUGGUCCGCCACCAGGAGUCCCUGCAGUCCAAACAGCGAGCCCUGCUACAGCAGCUGGACAACCUGGACCAAGAGCGUGAGGAGCUUCGGGGCAGCCUGGAUGAGGCCGAGGCCCAGCGGGCCCAGGUGGAGGAGCAGCUGCAGAGCUUACAGAGCGAGAGGGAGCAGGGGCAGAGCCAGCUCCUGGCCCAGCAGGAGCUACUGCAGAGCCUGCAACAGGAGAACCAAGGCCUGGAGCAGGCCACGACGGAUCUGCGGCUGACCAUAUCAGAGCUGGAACGUGAGCUCACAGAGCUGAGGGAGCGGGAGCGGCUGCUGGUGGCCUUCCCAGACCUGCACAGACCCAUCGAGGCCCAGAUCCCAAGCUCCAGCAAUGUUACUGAUGAUAUGGAGAGGCAGAUACAGGCCAACGACAUCCGCAUCCAGGUCCUGCAGGAGGAGAAUGGGCGGCUCCAGUCUAUGCUGUCCAAAAUCCGGGAGGUAGCCCAGCAGGGAAGCCUGAAGCUGAUUCCACAGGACCAGCUUUGGGCCCCUCCCAGCAAAGGAAUCCAGGGAACAGUGUCCCCAGCCCAGGCCCAGAAUGCUUCUCCAGGGCCCCUGGGCAGGCGGCACCUGCCUAGCAGCAGGACAGCCAGCGUGGGCAGGACCCUCCCAUGCCAGCUCCGGGAAUCCCCACCUCAGCAGUCCUGCGGUCGGCCCGGCAGGUCCUCCCUGGAGGACAUGACCCACUCAACCAACUGUGCUCAGAACCCCAUCCGGGCCUUGGCCAGGCUGAGGAGGAGACUGUCACCAGGCCAGAGCCAGGCCAGCCCUGCAUACCAGCCCCAGGAGCGGCCCAUGUAGCCUGCCGUGUGGUGGGGCUGGAGGGCAGGUGGCUGGCAACCCGUUCCAUGUAAUAAAGCCCCGGCCAUCUGCCCACAGCACCCUUGGCCUCACAGCACUGGCUGAGUCAGAGGCAGAGUCCUUCCUCCCCCAUUCUGGGUGGGGACCACUGAGUCCCCAGCCAUGUAGGUCGUCUGCUGGCAGAGGCCUAGCACACUGUCCUGACAGGACAGUGGGAAAAGAGGGUACACAAAGGACAGCAAGAAGCUUUAGCACCUGGGCCAGGUGAAAGGUAGUCUUUUGAUCCCCAGAGCAAGCACAAAAGGUUGACAGACUCAGUGACCCUACCCAUGGAGCAUAGUAGGGUCAGGGUAGGGGUAGGUCAGGGAAGGAGAGCAGCUGCCAAGGUAGGCCUGGUGAGGAAGGAGUCAGAGAAGGGGUUCCUGGCUCUAGGUUCCUCCUACCCCCAGCUCUGAACCCAGGAUGGGGACAUUAAGGACCCAAAAAAGUCAGUUAUCCUUUUUACUAAGAAGCUAUUCACCUUCAGGAAAUGUGAGUCAAAAGGAUUUCUCUAAAUCUGGGAGGUUGGAUCCCUAGAAGGCAGGGCAAGGCCUCACCUAACCCGACAGCAGGACCCUCAGCAAGCCCUGGAUUUCCCAGGCCUGUCUCUUGGGCCCUGACACUCAUGCCACCCAGCCAUGCCGGGCCCACAGUCCAGUUCUCUCCACGAAGCCUCCAGCCUGCCCUGGGUCACCUCAGCAGUGAAGGACAGGCUCUAAGGCCUUGCUGAGGACUUCUCAGGGUGGGCACUCCCAGCUUCCUGUGACAUCUUCCCCAGGCGAGGAGGCCAGCAGGGAGAGUGCCUCAGUUUACAAGAAAGGUCAAGAGGGGCCAUGUGUGUAGCUAAAUGGGCAUGGCCGCUACCUGCCCAACUCCAGCUUCUGUGGAGCCUGGUGUUGUGGAGGGAGGCUGGGAUGCCCUGGCCCUCACGGGCGAAAGCCAGCCCUUGGGGUGGGGUCUCUGAGGCAAGACACGUGGGUCCAAGUCCAGGGUAGGACCAAUCACAGCUCAUCUCCCCUCUGCUCACAGUUCUGGAGGUCAGGAGUUCAGGCCCUGUAUCUGGGUUUUCUGUUCAGAAUCUUAGAAGACUCAAGUCAAAGUAUCUGCCAGGUUACAUUCUUUUCUGACAGCUCUGGGAAAGGACCCACUCCCAGGCUCCUUCUGACCGCUGGCAGAACUCCGAUCCUUGCAGCUGUAGGACUAAGGUCCAUCUCCCCGAUGGCUGCUGUCAGCAGGGGCCACUCUUAGCACUCGGAAGCUGUCUGCCUUCCUUGCCACGUGGCCCCCUCCAUCUUCAAGUCAGCAACAGAGAAUUUCUCACACACUGAAUGCCCUUCUUGCUUCAACUUUCUGACUUCCUAUUCUUCCACCGGGCCAGUGAAAACUCUCUGCUUCUAAUGGGCUCUCAUGGUUAGGUCAGACCCUCUUGGAUACUUUCCCUAUCUUAAGAUCAACCCUGCCAUAUAACCUCAUCAUGGGGGUAAAAUCUAUUACACUCCCCAUUGCAGGUUUACAACAAGGCAUGUCCAUGAGGGCUGGGGGCAGGGUAUCUUGAAGCCUGUCUUAGAAUCCCCCCUCACAGGCAGCAGAGCCUAAGGCGACUUUUCUGUCUUAAGACCUCCACACAAAUAUGAUCUCUUUAUGUUAAAAUAUAUCCAUGUUUAUUUCAGUAUUAAACCUCCCCUACCCCAAGUCUUAAAAAACCCAGCUGCCCCUAAAAGAUGCACCACGUUUAUCCUGCAGCUCAAGUACUCUGGUCAGCAACCCGUAGCCUGGCCAAGCAGCACAGGACUGGAUGGCUUCUGAGGCCUCUGAUCCCAGCCAGGCCUGGGGAGGGAGUCCAGCUGGACAGGCAGCACUUGCUGCUCCUUGUGUCCAAGGGCUGAGGGCGCUAUCAGUUGAACAUCAUAGCCUUGACCAAGAUGUGUCCUGAAAGACAGGCCAGGAUGCCCCCAAGGCCAGAUAGCUCCUCUCACAACCCAGCGCUCAAUAAAUAAGCACACAACUCGACCAGCCACCACAGCCUCAGUCCCCAGGGAUGCCCCGACAGGCAGGUCAGAGAGGCACCAAAGCCCUGGGACCAGCUGCGUUGCCCCAUCUGCUCCUUCCCCCAGGCCCCUAGCCAGGGUCCCAGGAGCUGCCUGCGAGGAGGGCAGACACAGACAUUCCAGGAUGGUAGAAGAAGGGCCCCAAGGUGGCUUCUCUUGAGUUGGCAGGUCCAGACCCUGCAUCCUCGGACUGGGGAGUGUGGUCCCUCCUUCCCAGAAUGAAUACGAUGGGGUGCCUGGCCCCUCAGCAAGGGAGGCCCCUGUCCUUCCUCCCACCGGCUUCCUGUCCAUCCUGCGGUUCUGUUCCGGGAGCCCAGGCCUAGGGCCAGGGUGCAGGUGGGAGGGUCCUUUGCCCACAUGCAGAGACCCAGCUUGGGCAGCUAAUCGUCUGAGUAGCGGUUUCCUGCAUGGGAGCAAGAAAACACCGGGAGGGAGGUGUCAGGUGGGGAGCGAGCAGGGAAGGCUGGCCAAGGGCCCCCACCCCUGGUGCUUACCCAGGACAUUGAAUUUGCAUAGCGGGCAAGUCUGCUGGAGCAUCAGCCAGGGGUCCACGCAGUCUCGGUGAAACUCAUGCUUGCAGGGCAGCACCCGGAGCCACUGCAGGGUGUGGGGGGAGACUUCAGACCACAGGCCUCCACAUGGGGAUGCCUGGCCCCCACCUGCAUGGGGGAACUGAAACUCCUGCAGCCUGUCACCACCCUCCCCACCCCCUAGUGGGUGCUUUCCUAGUUAGAGUAGGAGCUGGUGGGAUAAAGGCCUGGUAGGAAUGGUUCUGGGGGGUCUUGGAGCAGUGAGGGACAUCACAGGUCAGCCUCUGCCCAUGGCACUACCUGCUUAUUGCAGAAGUAGUCCAAACACACGGCACAGGUCUCAGCACCUGGUUCUGGGGGACCCUGGGCUGCGCGGCCCAGACGGCAGCGCCGGGUCUUCAGGGAUGCCAGUCUCCGCAGCACGCGGAGCUUGAGCAGAUCCACCUGGUGGGGGAGGGCAGGCACAGUCAGGCGGGCCUCACGCUGGGGGCACCAGGGCUUCCGGGGGGCCGGCUCUCACCUGGCCUCCGGGUUCCUGCUGGCUUUGCCUGGCUGCCUGCCGCUGGGCCUGGACCACGAGGCCUGUGCACAGGAGCAUGGCCACCAGCAGGAUGGCAUUCCACAGCUGCUGCAGGGGCUUCUGGGCAGGGGAGCAGAGUGUCAGGAAGGCUGGGGCUGCUCUACGCUCUUCCCCCAGUGAGUCCACUCCGAAGACCAGGCAGGUAAGGUCCAUUGGCAGCGUGUCCCUGCAGGUUCCUGACUUCCUCUUCUGAAGCCUGCGUGCCUCCCAUCUGUGCCCCCAGGGUCAGUCCCCGCUGUCUAUACAGCUCCUCGUCCAGCUGCUGAGGGGACCCACCUCUGCCCCCAGACCGUCUCCUGGGAAAAAAGCUUUUGCAUUCUUGGAAGCUUCUCUCUGGCAGCCUCACAGACCCCCCAGCCUAGGACCCUAACACUUUCCCACCCUCAUGCCUACCCCACACUUCUCCUGGUCUACUUUCUUGGGUGCCAUCACCCACCCACUUCCGUCUGAGCCGAGCAUUCACGUGGUCCCCUGUGGUUUUGCUCUUUGGGGGCCCAUGCACCCCUCCCCUCCAUCCCACUCCUCUGCUCUUUGGGGGCCCUGCUCCAGCCUCACCAGCCCACUUCCUACAGUGACAAGGAUCUCACCUGCAAACCUGAUCACCCAGGACCCCUGCUUGCCCCCCUUCCCUGCAACAUCCCCGCCCUCAGGAGAGACCCUGAACUCUUCAAGCAGCCAUCUGGCAAGGCCCUAGAUCGCCCACCCCCUGUCCUUUCAGGGUCCCAUGCUCCGUGUCCUUUCUUGUGUUCCCAGUUCUUCCUCACCCCUUCCCUGGGCUAAUGCCUUUGGAUGCCCCCUGCUCCUGAGCUCUCCCCAACCCCCAGCCCUUCCCACACUCUUUACUGUGUGUUUCCUUGUCGCUGCCUUCGGUGGUCCUCAGGCUCCCACUGCGGGGAAGGAACCACAUCAGCCCUGCCCUUGGCCCUUGAGAGGGCCCCUCAGAACCUCAGAGUUCCUGGGCUGGGGAUGGGGGGCAUGCUCUGACCUUGACUUAACUACCCCUACUCCCUCCCCAGAGCAGUGUGGCAGCUGGGCUUUGACUACAGGAAAUGACGUGGCACAGUAAGCAAAACCCAGCCGGCUCACCCAAACAGGCGCACUGGCUCUCAGGGUCUCUGCACAUGUCACGACUAAUAAAUGCAUUCAUUUAAAA